AGGAUCCAUCCCGGAAGCAGAUCUUUUCUCUCGCGACUCCUCGGAGUAUAUUGCGGAUUUAUACAGAGCUCCUCGGAGACUAUUGUUGUAAGGUUCUCAGCACUCCUACUCAAAAACCUAUUCUUCCUCCUCGGAGCCUAUUCGAUUAUGCUUCCUCGGAAGCUAGACGCUAGCCUGUCUCCUCCUUAGCUAGUGCCAGUCUUCGGACUUUUGAAGAUAAUGGGCCUUCGGGUAUCUAUCGGACGGUCUCGACCGGACGAAAUACAUCGCCCCGGCACUCCUCAGAAGUUCGUCGAGUUUCCAGGGUGUGGCUGUCUCGAGACGAUGAAGAAAAACAAAAACUGCAGCAUACAGCGAACCUUCGCGAAGAAAGAAAUUGAAAUGCAAGGACCACCGGAGGAAACGGAGUUACUUAAGUCUUUAUCUGAAUAAUGUGCGUUUCUUGUGUUGGCCCUGUUCGUAU